UGGAGGAAGCUUCUCUCUGUAGAAGGCAGCGAGUCAAGAGCGAGAAGCCGCAGAGGACGUAGGAAUAAAGACCAGAAAAUAAAGAAAAGAGCCAUGGCUGUGAAUAAAUGCAUCAAAUUCCUUCUCUUCUUCUUCAACCUGCUCUUCUGGCUGAGUGGUUGCAUCAUCCUCGGCGUCUCCAUCUACCUGAAAGUCCACAAGGAUGGAAACGUGAUCACCAAUGAAGCUAUACCGGGCAUCGACCUGAUGAUCGCCAUCGGGGUGAUCAUCAUGUUGCUCGGCUUCCUGGGCUGCUGUGGAGCCAUCAGAGAGAGCCGCUGCAUGCUGCUGAUAUUCUUCGUCAGCCUCCUCGUCAUCUUCAUCCUCCUGCUGGCGUUGGGCAUCCUGGGAGCCGUGGAAGAGAAGAAGGUGAAGGACUGGGUGAAGGAGCGUCUGACAAAGUUAACCCCUCUGUCAUCGCAACCUCAAAAUGUGAAGGACGACCUGGAGAAACUGCAGGCAGAGCUGAAGUGUUGCGGUCUCGUCAACGGACCGUCAGACUGGACUAAAGUUCCAGACUCCUGCCGCUGCAACGCCACCGAGACAACCUGCAAGUCCAACGCCAUUUACUCCACGCCCUGCUCCGACAAAAUCAUCGAAUUGAUGGAGAAACACAUGGAGGUGGUGCUGGGAAUCGCAUUUUCCGCCAUCGCUAAAAUUUUCGGUAUGGUCUUCUCCAUGAUUCUCUCCUGCCAGAUUGCCAGGAAGGAUACCGCCACCACUGCCUGA